AUGGAUGAUACUAAUAGUAAUAUUAAUCAAUCAAAUGAAUCACAACAUUUAGAAGAAAAAGCAAAAAAAUGGAUUCAAUUAAAUAAUAAAAAAUAUAGUGAAAAAAGAAAAUUUGGAGCUGUAGAGAUUAGAAAAGAGGAUAUGCCUCCAGAGCAUUUAAGAAAGAUUAUAAAAGAUCAUGGUGAUAUGUCAAAUAGAAGGUUUAGAGAUGAUAAACGUGUUUAUUUAGGAGCAUUGAAAUAUAUGCCACAUGCAAUUUUAAAACUUUUAGAGAAUAUACCAAUGCCAUGGGAACAAGUUAAAUAUGUUAAAGUAUUAUAUCAUUUAUCAGGUGCAAUCACAUUUGUAAAUGAAAUACCAUUCGUAAUUGAACCAAUCUAUAUUGCACAAUGGGCAACUAUGUGGGUUACAAUGAGAAGAGAGAAAAGGGAUCGUACCCAUUUUCGUCGUAUGAAAUUCCCAUUAUUCGAUGAUGAAGAACCACCAUUAGAUUACUCUGAUAACAUUUUAGAUAAUGAAGUUGAAGAUCCAAUUCAAAUGGAAUUAGAUGAAAAUGAUGAUUCUGAAGUAAUAGAUUGGUUAUAUGAUUCAAAACCAUUAGUUAAUACAAAAUUUGUAAAUGGUUCAAGUUAUAGAAAAUGGAGAUUAAAUUUACCAAUUAUGUCAACAUUAUUUAGAUUGGCAUCACCAUUAUUAAGUGAUUUAACAGAUAGUAAUUAUUUUUAUUUAUUUGAUGAUAAUAGUUUUUUCACAUCAAAAGCAUUGAAUAUGGCAAUACCAGGUGGACCAAAGUUUGAACCAUUAUUUAGGGAUGUUGAUGAUGAUGAUGAAGAUUGGAAUGAAUUCAAUGAUAUCAAUAAAGUGAUUAUUAGAAAUAAGAUUAGAACAGAAUAUAAAAUUGCAUUCCCAUAUCUAUACAAUAGUAGACCACGUAAAGUUAAAACACCAACUUAUCAUACUCCAAAUAAUUGUUAUAUUAAAAAUGAUUCACCAGAUUUACCUGGUUUUUAUUUUGGUGCUGCAUUAAAUCCAAUUCCAUCAUAUAAAACAAGUGGUAAUAAAAAUGAACAAUCUGAAUAUGGUACAGAAGAUGAUGAAUUUCAAUUACCAGAAGAAAUUGAAACAAUAUUAUCAAAAACAGAGAUUGAACAUGAUAAUUUAGCAAAUGGUAUACAAUUAUAUUGGGCACCAAGACCAUUUUCAUUAAGAUCAGGUACAACUAGAAGAGCAGAGGAUAUUCCAUUAGUUAAAUCAUGGUAUAAAGAACAUUGUCCAAGUGAACAUCCAGUUAAAGUUAGAGUUAGUUAUCAAAAGUUAUUGAAAUGUCAUGUAUUGAAUAAAUUACAUCAUCGUAAACCAAAAGCACAAACUAAAAGAAAUUUAUUUAAAUCAUUGAAAGCAACUAAAUUCUUUCAAUCUACAGAGAUUGAUUGGGUAGAGGCAGGUUUACAAGUUUGUCGUCAAGGUUACAAUAUGUUAAAUCUAUUAAUUCAUAGAAAGAAUUUGAAUUAUUUACAUUUGGAUUACAAUUUCUAUUUGAAACCAAUUAAAACUCUAACAACAAAGGAGAGAAAGAAAUCAAGAUUUGGUAAUGCAUUCCAUUUGUGUAGAGAGAUAUUACGUUUAACUAAAUUGGUGGUUGAUGUUCAUGUGAAAUUUAGAUUAGGUGAUGCAGAUGCUUUUCAAUUGGCAGAUGCUAUUCAAUAUUUAUUUAGUCAUUUGGGUCUAUUGACUGGUAUGUAUAAAUACAAGUAUCGUUUAAUGAGACAAAUUCGUAUGUGUAAAGAUUUGAAACAUUUAAUCUACUAUCGUUUCAAUACUGGCGCUGUUGGUAAAGGUCCAGGUUGUGGUUUUUGGGCACCAAUGUGGAGAGUUUGGUUAUUCUUUUUACGUGGUAUAGUACCUUUGUUGGAACGUUGGCUUGGAAAUCUAUUGGCAAGACAAUUCGAAGGUAGACAAACCAAAGGUAUGGCCAAAACAGUCACUAAACAACGUGUUGAAUCUCAUUUCGAUUAUGAAUUACGUGCAGCAGUAAUGCAUGAUAUCCUCGAUAUGAUGCCAGAAGGAAUCAAAGCAAAUAAAUCACGUAUUAUCUUACAACAUCUUUCAGAGGCUUGGAGAUGUUGGAAAUCAAAUAUCCCAUGGAAAGUACCAGGUUUACCAAUACCAAUAGAGAAUAUGAUUCUACGUUAUGUUAAAUCAAAAGCAGAUUGGUGGACAAAUAUAGCUCAUUACAAUCGUGAACGUAUUAAACGUGGUGCUACCAUCGAUAAAACUGCAAGUAAAAAGAAUUUGGGUCGUUUAACUAGACUUUGGUUAAAGGCAGAACAAGAACGUCAACAUAAUUAUCUAAAGGAUGGUCCAUACGUAUCGGCAGAGGAAGCUGUUGCCAUUUAUACCACCACUGUUCAUUGGUUGGAGAAACGUAGAUUCUCUGCGAUUCCAUUCCCUCAAACUUCAUACAAACACGAUAUUAAAAUUCUCACAUUGGCAUUGGAACGUCUUAAAGAGGCAUACAGUGUUAAAUCACGUUUAAAUCAAUCACAACGUGAGGAGUUAUCAUUGGUUGAACAAGCUUAUGAUAAUCCUCAUGAUGCAUUAGCUCGUAUCAAAAGACAUUUACUCACUCAACGUACCUUUAAAGAGGUUGGUAUUGAAUUUAUGGAUAUGUACACUCAUCUAGUACCAAUCUAUGAUGUAGAUCCAUUUGAAAAGAUCACCGAUGCCUAUUUGGAUCAAUAUCUAUGGUAUGAAGCAGAUAAACGUCAACUCUUUCCAAAUUGGGUUAAACCAUCCGAUAAUGAACCACCACCUGUACUCAUUCAUAAAUGGUGUCAAGGUAUUAAUAAUUUAGAUCAAGUUUGGGAGACUAGUCAAGGUGAAUGUGUUGUUUUAUUAGAGACUCAAUUUAGUAAAGUUUAUGAAAAGAUGGAUUUAACUUUGAUGAAUCGUUUGUUACGUUUAAUUGUUGAUCAAAAUAUUGCCGAUUAUAUGUCUGGUAAGAAUAAUGUAGUAAUCAACUAUAAGGAUAUGAAUCAUACCAACUCUUAUGGUUUAAUUAGAGGUUUACAAUUUGCAUCAUUUAUUUUCCAAUAUUAUGGUUUGGUAUUGGAUCUUUUAGUAUUGGGUUUAGAACGUGCAUCAGCACUUGCAGGACCACCAAACUUACCAAAUUCAUUCCUUACAUUCCCAUCAGUUCAAACUGAAACCGCCCAUCCAAUUCGUUUGUAUAGUCGUUAUGUUGAUCGUAUUCAUGUACUCUAUAAAUUUACAGCGGAUGAAGCAAGAAAAUUAAUUCAAAAGUAUAUGUCAGAACAUCCAGAUCCAAACAAUGAAAAUGUGGUUGGUUAUAACAAUAAGAAAUGUUGGCCACGUGAUUGUCGUAUGCGUUUAAUGAAACAUGAUGUUAACUUGGGUAGAGCAGUAUUUUGGCAAAUUAAAAAUAGAUUACCACGUUCAUUGACAACCAUUGAUUGGGAGGAUUCAUUCGUAUCGGUCUAUAGUAAAGAUAAUCCAAAUCUAUUGAUGAAUAUGGCAGGUUUCGAUAUUCGUAUACUUCCAAAAUGUCGUACACCCUUGGAUCAAUUGGCACCAAAGGAUGCAGUUUGGAGUCUUCAAAAUGUUAAUACCAAAGAACGUACGGCUCAAGCAUUCCUUAGGGUCGAUACAGAAUCACAAGAACGUUUUGAAAAUCGUAUUCGUAUGAUCCUCAUGGCAAGUGGUUCAACAACAUUCACAAAGAUUGUAAAUAAAUGGAAUACAGCAUUGAUUGGUUUAAUGACUUAUUAUCGUGAGGCGGUGGUUACAACUCGUGAAAUGUUGGAUAUUUUAGUGCGUUGUGAAAAUAAAAUUCAAACUCGUGUAAAGAUUGGAUUGAAUAGUAAGAUGCCAAAUCGUUUCCCACCAGUGGUAUUCUAUACACCAAAGGAGUUGGGUGGUUUAGGUAUGUUAAGUAUGGGUCAUGUAUUGAUUCCACAAUCGGAUUUGAAAUAUUCAAAACAAACCGAUACUGGUAUAACUCAUUUCACAAGUGGUAUGAGUCAUGAUGAAGAUCAAUUAAUUCCAAAUCUUUAUCGUUACAUUCAACCAUGGGAACAAGAAAUUAAAGAUAGUCAACGUGUUUGGGCAGAAUAUGCAAUCAAAUAUGAAGAGGCUAAAUCACAAAAUAAGAAUCUUACAUUGGAGGAUCUUGAAGAUAGUUGGGAUCGUGGUAUACCACGUAUCAAUACAUUAUUCCAAAAGAGUCGUCAUACUUUAGCUUAUGAUAAAGGUUGGAGAGUAAGAACCGAUUGGAAACAAUAUCAAGUCCUAAAGAAUAAUCCAUUCUGGUGGACUAAUCAACGUCAUGAUGGUAAACUUUGGAAUCUUAAUAAUUAUCGUACAGAUAUCAUUCAAGCAUUGGGUGGUGUUGAAGGUAUUCUAGAGCAUACUCUAUUCAAAGGUACUUAUUUCCCAACUUGGGAAGGUUUAUUUUGGGAGAAAGCAUCAGGUUUCGAAGAGUCUAUGAAAUAUAAAAAACUUACACACGCUCAACGUUCAGGUCUUAAUCAAAUUCCAAAUCGUCGUUUCACACUUUGGUGGUCUCCAACUAUCAAUCGUAAGAAUGUUUAUGUUGGUUUCCAAGUUCAAUUGGAUUUAACAGGUAUUUUCAUGCAUGGUAAAAUUCCAACACUAAAGAUUUCAUUGAUUCAAAUUUUCCGUGCACAUCUUUGGCAAAAGAUUCAUGAAUCAUUAGUAAUGGAUUUAUGUCAAGUUUUCGAUCAAGAAUUGGAUAAUCUAGAGAUAUCAGUAGUAAAUAAAGAAGCAAUUCAUCCACGUAAAUCUUAUAAAAUGAAUUCAUCAUGUGCUGAUAUUCUUUUACGUGCAACUCAUAAAUGGCAAGUUAGUCGUCCAUCAUUGUUAAAUGAUAAUCGUGAUACCUAUGAUAAUACCACCACUCAAUAUUGGUUGGAUGUUCAAUUGAAAUGGGGUGAUUUCGAUUCUCAUGAUAUCGAGAGAUACAGUCGUGCCAAAUUCUUGGAUUAUACAACCGAUAGUAUGUCAUUGUAUCCAUCACCAACUGGUUGUUUGAUUGGUUUAGAUUUGGCUUACAAUAUCUACAGUUCCUUUGGUAAUUGGUUCCUUGGUGUUAAACCUUUGGUUCAAAAAGCAAUGGCAAAAAUUUUGAAAUCCAAUCCUGCACUCUAUGUACUACGUGAACGUAUUCGUAAAGGUUUACAAUUAUAUUCAUCCGAACCAACUGAACCUUACUUAUCAAGUCAAAACUUUGGUGAAUUAUUUAGUAAUAAAAUUAUGUGGUUCGUUGAUGAUUCCAAUGUUUAUCGUGUAACCAUUCAUAAAACUUUUGAAGGUAAUUUAACAACUAAACCAAUCAAUGGUGCAAUUUUCAUUUUCAAUCCACGUACUGGUCAAUUAUUCCUCAAGAUCAUUCAUACCGAUGUUUGGUUAGGUCAAAAACGUUUAGGUCAAUUAGCAAAAUGGAAGACUGCCGAGGAGGUUGCUGCAUUAAUUCGUUCCUUACCAGUGGAAGAACAACCAAAACAAAUCAUUGCCACUCGUAAAGGUAUGAUGGAUCCAUUGGAGGUACAUCUUUUAGAUUUCCCAAAUAUCGUCAUUCAAGGUAGUGAACUUCAAUUACCAUUCCAAGCUUGUUUGAAAGUAGAGAAGUUUGGUGAUCUCAUUUUGAAAGCAACCGAACCAAAGAUGGUACUCUUCAAUAUCUAUGAUGAUUGGUUAUCAACAAUUCAUUCUUACACUGCUUUCCUUCGUUUGAUUCUAAUCUUACGUGCACUUCAUGUCAAUUUAGAACGUACUAAAAUCAUAUUGAAACCAAAUAAAAAUGUUAUCACUCAACCUCAUCAUAUUUGGCCAACUCUAACAGAACAAGAAUGGUUAACCGUUGAAGGUUCAUUGAAAGAUUUGAUUUUAGCAGAUUUUGGUAAAAGAAAUAAUGUAAACGUUGCUUCGCUCACUCAAUCAGAGAUUAGAGAUAUCAUUUUGGGUAUGGAAAUUUCUGCACCAUCACAACAACGUGAAGAUCAAAUCGCAGAGAUUGAAAAACAAAAAACAGAAGCAUCUCAUUUAACAGCCGUUACAGUUCGUUCAACCAAUAUUCAUGGUGAAGAGAUUAUCACAACCGCUACAUCACCACAUGAACAAAAAGUAUUCUCUUCAAAAACAGAUUGGCGUGUACGUGCUAUCAGUGCAACUAAUCUUCAUUUACGUACCAAUCAAAUCUAUGUAAACUCUGAUAACGCUAAAGAAACUGGUGGUUUCACUUAUGUUUUCCCAAAGAAUAUCUUAAAGAAAUUCAUUACCAUUGCCGAUCUUCGUACUCAAAUCAUGGGUUAUUGUUAUGGUAUCUCACCACCCGAUAAUCCAUCAGUAAAAGAAAUUCGUUGUAUUGUAAUGCCACCACAAUGGGGUACACCAGUUCAUGUAACCGUACCAAAUCAAUUACCAGAACAUGAAUAUCUCAAAGAUUUAGAACCAUUGGGUUGGAUUCACACUCAACCAACUGAAUUACCACAACUAUCACCACAAGAUGUUAUCACUCAUUCAAAGAUUAUGUCUGACAAUAAGAGUUGGGAUGGUGAGAAAACUGUUAUCAUCUCUGUCUCUGUGGCUUGGCCUUGUACUCUAACUGCUUACCAUUUGACUCCAAGUGGUUUUGAAUGGGGUAAAAAUAAUAAAGAUUCUCUCAAUUAUCAAGGUUAUCAACCACAAUUCUAUGAGAAGGUUCAAAUGUUAUUAUCCGAUCGUUUCCUUGGUUUCUAUAUGGUACCUGAUCGUGGUUCUUGGAAUUAUAAUUUCAUGGGUGUUAAACAUUCCACAAAUAUGACCUAUGGUUUGAAAUUAGAUUAUCCUAAAAACUUUUAUGAUGAAUCUCAUAGACCUGCUCAUUUCCAAAAUUGGACUCAAAUGGCUCCUUCAGCAAAUGAUGAUGAAGAAAAUCAACCUGAAAAUGAAAAUUUAUUUGAAUAA